ACUGAACAUGCAGAAAUGCAUUCUCUCGUACCUGAGCCGGGCAUCUUCAAGACUCCUUCCGUGUCCUCAGCCAUUGAAGUCAUUUCUAUCGAUAUCAACAAACUUCGGGCACGAACAGGACAAUCUAAAGGUCCCGGUCCCAAGAAGCUACCAAAGAAAACCCCACAGACGGGUGUCAGAGGCAAUAUAGCAUCAAGAAAGCGCUCAGCCCCGGAGGAUCCCAAACUCUGGCGCACUCUCAGCCUUCCUCUCGUCACUUGUCUCGUGGUGAGGAUGUGCAAGACACGUACACAAUUCAUCGACAUGAGUUGAGUCAUCUUUCCAACUUUCAAUCAAUCACGAUUUGGUUAUUGGGUGGUAUCGCACGACACGAUGCAUCAGACGUU